CUCAGAGCUCUCAGUUUCUCUCUCCUCCUCCCAACAAUGGCGGCCGCAAAAGCGAUGAGAAAGGUAGAGAAGAUCCGCCAGAUUGUUCGCCUUAAGCAAAUCAUGAUCCGGUGGAAGCUGGCCAGCCUCCGCCUCGGCGGACCCGCUCUAUCGUACAUCGACGAUACCGAUAACACCGCCUUCGCCCGCCGCACCCCCUCCGGAUUCUUGGCCGUCUACGUCGGACCGGAGCGCAGGCGCUUCGUCAUUCCCGCCCGGUUCGUCAACCUCCCGGUGUUCGUCGGCCUGCUGGAAAAGACCGCGGAGGAGUUCGGGUUCGAAACCACCGGCGGCCUCGUCUUGCCUUGCGAGGUUUCGUUUUUCAAGGACGUCCUGAAGUUUCUGGAGAAAGAUGAGAGAAGGUUCGGGAAGUUGUCGCUUGAUGGAUUCUUGAAGAUGGUGACUGAUGCGGGAUUUGAUUCUUGCAAGGCGGCGAGGGCGGCCGGCUCAUCAUUCACUCCGCUCCUGCAGGAAGCUAGGGUUUGACGGAUUCUUCUCUCAGGUUUUUUAGGAUUCUGAUUGAUUUGAAUUGAAAUCGAAUCGAUCUAAUGCCUUUGGUUUUUUUGGGAUAAGGUGUUUUAGUGAUGAUAGGGAGUUAAUUGUAUAUGGGUGGCAGCCAACUUGAUUUUCUUUUCUUUUUUUUUAGAAAUGUUUUCUGAGUAUUGUAGGGAUUGUUGGUUCGUAAUCAUCCUUGAAGCACCUAUGGUUUUUAAUUGUGUUUGAUCAUGGGCUUCAAUGAGAUGUUUGAACUAGUUUUUUCUAGCUAGACUUGAUGAUGAUGAAAUCUUAGGACUUGUUCUAGCGUCGAGAACAGUUUCUUAUCAUGUAAUGGA